AUGGAGGCUAAUAAUGCAGGAAAAAGUAAAAUCAGUGUGGAUGCAAAUGGGGCAAAGAUGGCCUUUGAUCAGUUUCAUAUUACUGGAUCAGACUCAUACUACUCCCUCUACAAGUGUCAGCAUGAUUUUAGCGGAGAUAGUGGACAACAGUUUCAGCAUUUCACCACAGAUUUUUCCUUGCAUGAUGAGCCCCAACUGCCCUAUAAUUCCUGGGCAGCUCAAGAUGACCCUGAUCAGCUGAUGAACUAUGCUCAAGGCAUCUCCAACAAUAGGAAUCUUAUAGAUGGCAAUGACUGUGGGAGUGAGACUGAUCUCUAUGGAUUAGUGUCUACUAUCUUGGAGGAGGCUGAUCCAGUGGACUCGUACUACUCACCAGAGACAUUAUCUGGUCUUAAAACUGUGUUGUCCCCCAAAUCUAUGAAGGAGGCCAGCUUGCAAUACCUUAAUUCUGAGGCAAAGAUGCAGUCCAGCUCUGGCAUACAGUCUGACCAUCUCUGUCCAGAGCCAAUGGGAAGAGACUCUAAUCAAAGAAAUGACAUUUACCAGCAUUUCAAUGGUGUUGAUGUCCCAGCAUUUGAUGUUGCUGACCCUGCCUGGCUUAUAUCCACUUGCAAUGGAGAACCUGAAGCCUAUACCCCAGGUGUCCAAGAUUUAACCAGACCUCCUCCUGGUCUCAGUAUCCCUCCUGCUGCCAAUGCCUACCUUUCCAAGGGCAGGGCGGGUAAAUCUGAGUAUGGCAUUCCUAUGCCUGGGAAGGACAGCGGCUUCUGCAGCACCAGCAAUGCCCACUCUGAAAACAUGGAUUCACUUAAUGACCUGUGUCGACUUUCAAACAUGAUGAAUGACUCCUGCUUCAGCCCUUACCAAGACUUCAUUGCAUUGAGCAGAACGAAAGUGCAAAACAACAGAUCAUUUUCUACACAGGAUGCCAACAUGUUGACCAGUAACAUCCAGGCCCUUCUUAUGGGUGAGGAAGAGAAUGUUUACAAAAGUGAAUUAGCUCAGAACAAUUUUGUGAAGGCUCAGGAUGAAAACAUGGUUCGUCUGAAGAGUUUCCCCCUCCAAAAGAUGUCGCCAUUUGUUUCUCACAUGCACAGCCUUAAGAGAGAAAUGUCUGGAAGCAUGAGGGAGCAAAGAACAUGUGAUGGUGUGAAAAGUCAGCCCUUGCAAAGUGAUUACAUCCCCAAAGAGUUUUCUGGGUUCAGUCAGCCAUCAGGCUAUUUUGAGCAUUCUAAAACCUUCUCACCUCCCUUCAAUCCUUCAACUCCUCCCCAAAGCAAAGAGACAACCCAGAGAAAAAUUAGAACCCACCAAACCAGUCUCUACGAGUACCAUCAUGGCUUGUCAAACCACUACCAGAGUAAAAAGCUUCCAACCAAGACCAGCAUCAGCACUGACCACUCAGGGAUAUCCAAGCUCAUGUCCCACUCUGUGGCUGAAUUUGUUCCACUCUUGUCAUCCCAGCAGAGGCCUACAGCCAGAGUCCUCACUGAUGUUGGGCAGGGUGAUGGUUUGAGUCUACAAGGAAGGAUGGGCCAAGCAGGCUUAGGCUUGGGUCUGGAAGGUCUGAGGAAUGUAGCUGGCACUGGAGAUGGAAUGGACUUCAACUUGCAGUUAGACAAAGGUAGGCUGCAAGGUGCUCCUGCCACAUCUGAGGGGCAUCGAAUUGGAGCAAAACCCAAAUCAACAGCUAGCUUUCCGAGGGAGGUAGAUAAACAACAGGGCCUCCUGCAGAACCCAUUUCAGAUUCUAGGCAAUAUGUAUGUUGGUCAUGCCAGACAUAAAGGCGCUGGCUCCAGCCUAGCCAAAUCCCUGCCAUCCCAGAUGUUUCCUUACAUGAACCAGAUGGGGGAUCCCCGACAGAAUCAGUGUCACCUAUUCCCUUCCCGCUCCCUGCUGACCUAUGGAGCCUCCAUGCCUCUUGUGGACAUGAGUGAGCUUCUGCCGGAUGGAGAAUUUGCAAUCUUAAACCCCUAUCUGCAGGAGCUGAUGGGGUCAAACCCAGCUUGUGUAGAUGGGCCUUUUCCUGGGUUUCUGCCCACCAUGAGGUCACUCAAACUCAGCAAGAGUUGCGGAGCCCCUAUGAGCCAACUGCACCAUUAUCUGGAGGAGUGCUACGAGCAAUGGAGAAUGCUGGAGAAAGAGAGGAAAAAGACAGAGGCUGUACUGGUAAAGCGCUACCCAGGCAAAUGUUUAUCUUUGGAGAGCAAUAACUCUCCACCCAAAAUGCCUCCCAACCCCUCCAGAGUGGACAGACUCAUAGUGGAUCAGCUUCGAGAGCAGGCCAAGGUAGUGAGUUUGCUGGGAAAAAUGGAGCGCUUAUGGAGUUUUCCUCUCCACGCUAAUAUCUGUUCAGCACUGGACAGGCACCUGGAGGCUAUCUAUAUCACUCAGGCCCGGCGCAAGGAUGAAUUCCUCAACAGCAGCAGCAGACAGAGACAAGGCUCAGCUUACCUCAGGGAGGACAGAGAAAUCCUCUGUUGGGCCUCCACACUGAAGGACCUGAGCAGCAGCACGAGGAAGUCUCGCACUGCUCUGUGGUGUGCCCUGCAGAUGACUCUGCCCAAAACCACCACCAGCCCUGUCGAUGGAGGAGAGGGAGAUACUUGUUCGUCUUUGGGUCAAUACAGUCCUGACCAGAUCAUUCCAGAAAGAGCCAUGUGA